UGACCCUGGACCUCAGAAAUCUUCAGAGAAUGACGCUUUUAUGAAAACUGUAGUGAUGGAAGCACUAUCUGCCUAUGAAGAAUCCAGGAAGGCUCCUUCCAAAUUUAACUGUGAGGUUGAGAAUCUUUUUAUUCCGUCAGUUUCCAAAACCAUUUCUACCAAAGAAGAAGCUGCUGGAAGUAUUAUAACAGAAGCUGACAAUGCACAUCUCAAUAUCAAUGGUCAGCACAAGGUCAGGAAAAAAUCUUUGGACACUGAAGAUGAAUUUCCUGGGCAGUGUGAAUCUCAAGACAGCAGAGACAAAGACAGACCGAGAAGAUCAAAAGAACCUGAAGUCAUUUCACAAGAAAAUCCUUUGUACAUCAAAGAGUCUCCUGAGAGCGAAGAGAAAUCAGGGCAAACUUCCUCUCUAAAGUCUGACAUUGAAUGUAGUUUUAAUAAACUCGCAUCUUUAGAUAUUACAGAUAAAUGCCAAGAUACAAAGGACAUUUCUAAUAACUAUGUAGAGGUACCACCUGUUAAUGACUCUUCUAUUACAAAGCUGGAUAAAGUUUUGGAGAGUCAAUUUUCUAGAGAAAAUGAGGGACUGAGUAAUAAAGAAUGUGAAGCAGAUAAACAUAGGAAAAAAGAUAAGAAAAAAAUGUACGACUCUAAAAAAACUGACAAAGAGCACUACCGAAAGAAGAGAGAAAACUCAGACACUGAAGAGAAGGAGAAGCAAACCAGAAGCAAACCCGAUGAUCCUCCUCACAAGAGGAGGAGGUGCUCUCGCAGUCUGGAAACAAAUAAGCAAAAUCGUCAUAAGCAGGUGUAUUGCCAUGAAAGCAAGUACAGAUCUUCCCAUAAUGAAAGAAACAGUCCAAAUAAUGGCAAAAGCUCAGGAAAAUAUUCCCGUUACAGAUCCCGAAGCAGAGAAAGAACAGAACAAGACAGGAAUAGGUAUUAUCAUUCCAAAGGAGAGAGAACUUGGAGCAGAGAAAGAUACUAUCAAGAUGAACCACGGAGAUGGGAAAAAUGCAGAUACUACAAUGAUUAUUAUUCUUUUCAUGGAACAAGAGAUGGUAGAGAGAGAAAGUCCUCUCACUGUGAUAAAGACUCUGACAAAUCAAGUCUAGCUUACAAUAGGUCACAUAAGGAUUAUCACUGCAAAAACAGGUGGCCUCACAACACACUUUUUAGAGAAGACGACAUACAUCAGUUUAGCAGCCACAGAGCAAACAUACAUCAUUGUUCAACACCUCAAAAGCAAUCCGAAAAAUAUUAUCGUGAAAGGCAUGCAGUUCCACCCAUGUCAGCUCAUUCAAAUUUUGACGUCUCUUCCCGGGAAAAUGAAACACUAAGAAAUGUCAAAAGAAAAUAUUCACACACAGAAGAAAGCGGAAGCGAAAUAGAAAAGAAAUGCCGAAAAACAGAUGACCAAAGAAUGAAAAAGUAUAAGAAGGUCAAGAAGAAAAAGAAAUCCAAAGAGAAACAUCGAGAGAAGGAUUACAA